AUGUUCAAAUGGAUUCUCGUAGUGGUGUAUAGAGUGGUGUAUAGCCAUAGCAUACGGAAUAUCAGUCGAUGCCCAUGUGGCCAAAACCUCCGGAACAGCAGUCGGUUCUCAACACCUCAACUCAAAAUACUAGAACAGCCGACUAAUAGAAUAAGAUAUCGGUAUAGGAGUGAAAAGGGUUCACACGGGGGGCUGACCGGUGAGAAUAGUUCCCAAAAUAAGAAAACAUAUCCAACUGUUAAGUUAGAAAACUAUCACUCGACAGCUCAGGUAUACAUUAGGGCCAGUCUUUACACUAAUGAGGAGCGGCCUAAGAGUCACGUCCAUAAACUGAUGGGUCGCCACUGCAAUGAAGAGGGCCACUGCACUGUCCCCCUCUCGGACAACAUGAUUGCCACUUUCCAGAAUUUAGGCAUUUUAUUCGUCGGCAAAAAGGAAGUGCCGGACAUUUUGUACCGCAGAAAGCUGGAGGAGACUCAAGUACUUCACACCUCAUUCAUCAGUGCCAACCCUUCACUCUUAUCAGUUCGUGAAGAAUCGGAAAGGGAUGCAAAGGAUAUGAAUCUGAAUUCCGUUAAAAUAUGUUUUGAGGCCUUCGUGUACGAGAAUGACAUGAGUUAUGCCGUUUCAAGUCCUAUAUUCUCGCGUCCGGUCGCCAAUCAAAAAUCUCCCGAUUCUGGAGAACUAAAAAUUGUAAGAAUGGAUAAAUACUGUGGACCCGCAACAGGCGAUGAAGAGGUGUUCUUAUUGUGUGAAAAAGUCAAUAAAAAGGAGAUUAAAAUCAGAUUCUUUGAAACCGAUAGCGAUGGCCAUCAACUUUGGGAAAGUUUUGCCAAUUUUACUGAGGCUGACGUACAUCACCAGGUGGCGAUUGUGUUUCGGACGCCUCCUUACAGGGACCAGAAUAUCAAGAGCUCAGUGCAGGUGUACGUCCAGCUGUUCCGACCCCGUGAUGGUGAGUACAGCGAGGGCCGACCCUUCACUUAUAAGCCCAAAGAGCACGACUUGGAUGGCGUCGAGAAGAAGAGGAGGAAAAUAAGUCACUAUAACUCCGGUGUCGAAGAUAUCAGUAAUAAUAGCAAUAAUGGCGGCAAUUCUGGGUUCGUUGGCAACCAUUCCUUCACCAGUUUGGCCGACAGUUCCCAUACAACUCAGAGUUCCCGCGAUAGUAACAACAAUAAUAUAGGAUAUUAUGGGCAUUCCAGUUGUUCACAUGACUCUACCAAACGUGAAAACUGUCUGCAAAUCAAAUCCAAUCAUUUAAACCGCAAUUACGGACCAAAUCGGAGGAAAGCAAAUCUCAUCGAGAAUUCAAUUACUUUAUUCGUAAACUAAACUCAAGUUAGGAAAAAAUUGCACUAUUUUUGCUCAAAAAAUCAA